AUGGUUGCCAUUCGAGACGUUGAUAUUACCACCUAUGAUGGCUUGUCCUUGAAAGGAACCUUCUACAGUGUCGGGUCCAAGAGGCCUUGCAUUAUCAUGACCCAUGGGUUCUCUGGUCAUCGAGAUCAUUUCCUGCCCGAGCUCGCGGCCAAGUUCAACGACGCUGGCUACGGAGCAUUGGUUUACGACAAUCGAUGCUGGGGCGAUAGUGAAGGUCUUCCUCGCUGUGAAGCCGAUCCAGUGAAGCAGACACGGGAUUAUCUCGACGCCUUCAACUUCGCUGCAGCCCUUCCAGAAGUCGAUCCCGCCAAGAUCGUGUACUGGGGAUCCAGCUUGUCCGGAGGCAACGCCAUUUGCGCCGCUGCCAUGAACAAAAGCCUGGCAGGAAUUAUUUCACAAGUCCCGUUCGUGUCCGGCGGUUCCAUGGCUCGCAUCACCGGAGCACCAAAAUCAGUUUUGGUCUCUCACCGCACUCCCAGCUCAGAGAUCCAGAUCCCGAUCUAUCCCAACUCUGUCGAGGAGGUACAAGAUGGUACCAGCAAGGCUAUUCUAAAAGAUGCUGGAGCGGUUGGGUUCGCAGAGGAAAUGACCCGAAGAGGGUACAACUUCGACAAGAUGGCGACUCUUCAGAGCCUGACCAACACGAUCAUGCACGAGCCAACGGGCGUUAUUCAUCAUAUCUCGCCGACACCGCUGCUGAUGGUUGUGGCGGAUGAUGAUGUGUGCACUUAUACGCAUUUGCAGCUGGAGGCCUAUGAAAAGGCACUGCAUCCCAAGACCCUCAAGAUUAUCAAGGGAACUGGCCAUUUUGAUCUAUACUAUGGCAAGAGGUUUCAAGAAGUUGUUGACGUGCAGCUCGAGUUUUUGAAGAGCAUCUUUUAG